AUGUCUGGACUCGCACUUGGGACAAAAGGCGUGGACCUGGUCUCACAGGGAACUGGCUACGGCCUGCUCAUCGGCCUCGGCGUCGUGUUCUGUGGCGUCAUUCUGGUGGCCGUCAAGAUCCAGAGGGUGUAUCUGUCCGAGGACAAUGCGACGUCAGAAAUGUUCAUGGUGGCCAACCGGUCGGUGGGCACGGGGCUGACAGCGUCGGCCGUAUUCUCGUCGUGGAUGUGGAUCAACGAGACGGUGUUCGCGUCGGCCAUGUGCUUCCGCUACGGCUUGGCAGUGCCGUUGUGGUGGGCCACCGGGCUCUGCUUCCAGAUCGCGCUGAUGGCAGCGCUGGGCGUGUUGGCCAAGAUCCGCGUGCCGUAUGCGCACACGUCGCUGGAAAUCAUCCGCAUGCGGUACGGCAAGAUCGGUCAUGUCGUGUUCAUCGUGCUCAACAUAACCAACAACGUGUUUGGCUGUGCGUCCAUGAUCCUGACGGGAUCGCAAAUCAUCCACGGCAUCUCAGGCAUGCACUUCGUGGCGGCCACGAUUCUAAUUCCGCUGGGAGUGGUCCUCUACACCGCCGUCGGUGGCCUCAAGGCAACCUUCCUGACAGAUUAUUUGCACACAACCAUCGCACUCAUCCUCAUCAUCUACUUCACGCUCAGCGUGCUGACGCACCAGGCCGUCGGUGGGUUGGGUGGCCUUUACGACAUUGUCACGGAGACGGCGUCCAAGAACUACAUCAAGGGCAACUUUGAGGGCUCGCUGCUGACGAUGAAGUCCAAGAACGCCAUAAUCUGGGGCCUCAUCCUCAAGUUUGGCAACCUGGCCCUGGUGGUGAUGGACACGGCCUUCUGGCAGAAGUCGUUUGCCACCGAGGUCGGCGCAACGGUGCCGGGCUACGACCUGGCGGCCCUGGCCAUCUUCGGCAUCCCCUGGGGCCUUGGCACGGUGAUCGGUCUGACGGCACGGGCGAUCCAGUACUCGCCCAUCUUCCCGACGUACCCAAACCCAAUGUCACUGGCCGAGGUCAGCGCGGGGUUUGUGAUGCCGUACACGAUCAAGGCGCUCAUCGGGACGCACGGCAUCGUGGCCUUUUUUGUGCUGCUGUUUAUGGCCCUGACGAGCACGGUAUCUUCGUCUAUGAUUGCCGUCAGCAGCAUCCUCUCGUUUGACGUGUACAAGACGUACACCAAUCCGCGGGCGACGGACAAGACGCUCGUGCAUGUCAGCCACUACGCAGUGAUAUUCCAUGCGGUGUUCAUCACGGGCAUCUCGCUCGCGCUCAACUACGGCGGCGCUGACAUGACGUGGAUCGGCUACUUCCGGCCAAUUCUGUCGUGUCCGGGCAUCAUCCCGCUGGCUCUGACGCUGAUCUGGGACCGGCAGACGAAGCUUGCGGCUGUGCUGUCGCCCGUUCUCGGCUUCUUCACCGGCCUGGCCAUCUGGCUGUUGACGGCGUACCGGCUGCACGGGACCAUUAACCUGAUCACGACCGAGGCCGGCCUGCCGGCACUGUACGGCGCCUGCGGCUCGUUCUUCUCGCCGGCCAUCUACUCGGUCGUGCUCUCGCUGUACAAGCCGAGCCGAUUUGACUGGCGCGAGUUUUUGCGGAUCGAACUGGCGGACGAGGCCCAGAUACACGCAGACGACACCACGGGAUCGGACAAGACGGCGUCCUCAGGCGACGAGGCAGGCAACGAGAAGCAGGCCGUGGCCAGGCAGUCACCAGUGGGCGCGGCCGAGCUGUCGCUGGACGACGUACGCCACCCGUUCGACGAGGCCACGAUCAAGGAGCUGUACCGGUGGUACAAGAUCGCGUGGGUCUUCUGGGUGGUGAUUGUGCUGGUGACGUUUGUGGCGUGGCCGAUGCCGCUGUACCGCAACUACAUCUUCACUAAGCCGUUCUUCUUGGGCUGGGUAACGGUGGCGAUCAUCUGGCAGUUCUUUGCCUUUUUCGCCGUGGCCGUCUACCCGGUCUACGAUGGACGAGGCGAUAUCAUCACGGGGUCUCUGGCCGAUUGGGACAUCACGCCGGCCGAGUGGAUGCGGCGGAACAGCCACGACGACUGGAACGGCCUGGCAGUGUCGGUGGUGGUGUUUGAUGGCGGCAGCAGCGAUGGCCCCCGUCGAGUGUUGCUAGUCCAGCGCGCUGCCCACGAUUCGAUGCCGAACCGAUGGGAGGUUCCGGGCGGUGGUGCCAGCGAGCCACACGAGAGCCUACUGCUGGCGGCCGCCCGCGAGCUUUGGGAGGAGGCCGGCCUGGUGGCCACACGGUUUAAGGCCCUGGUGCCGCUGCGUGCUGUCGAAGGCGUCGAGGGCGUCGACGAGGUGGCUGCCCUCGUCGCUGCGGCCGACCAUCCAGGCCACGUCUUUCACAACCGCACCGGCACCCGGCUCUUUGGCCGGUUCGCCUUCCGGGCAGAUGUGCAGCAGACGACAGCAGUCGUGCUUGAUCCCAAUGAACACCAGGACUACGUCUGGGCGACCGAAGAGGAAGUCCGGCUACAGCGACAGAUCGGGCAAGACAGCAACGACAGCAGGCCACUACCUCUCACCCAUCCAGCCACACAGGCAUUCAUCCUUGAGGCUUUCAGACAGGCGGCAGAAGCAGAAGUAGACAAGUAG